GCCGCCCCAGCGCUUCUCCCAAAGCGCACCUGAAAAGCGCUCUGGCACUGAGCCCCGAUCCUCCAAGCCUCCGUAAGAUUUGGGAGCAUCUCCUUUGCAGACAGUAAGCCCUGUCCCCUGUCGCAUAGGUUACAUGGGUCCCAGAGUCACCUGUCUGUGGGGAAGCCGUCUCUCUGGCUUCCAGGUGAGGGCUUGGAUCGAGCCUGUGGUGGCCUCAACCCAGGUGGCAGGCUCCCUCUACGAUGCAGGACUACUCCUGGUAGUGAAGGAAUCUUUCGCAUCGGAGGCUGGCGGCUCCUCCAAUCACAGUGCCAGCCAGUUGCUCGGGAGGCAUCAGGAGAACCAACAGCAGAAGGCCAUCUCCAAUUUCUACAUCAUCUACAACCUCGUGGUGGGUCUGGCACCCCUGCUGUCCGCCUAUGGACUGGGCUGGCUCAGUGACCGCUACCACCGCAAGAUCUCUAUCUGCACAUCAAUGCUGGGCUUCCUGCUGUGCCGCAUCGGACUCCUGCUCAAAGUGAUGCUGGACUGGCCGGUGGAGGUGAUGUAUGGAGCAGUGGCGCUCAGUGGGCUGUGCGGGGGCUUCUCCGCUUAUUGGUCCGGGGUCAUGGCGCUGGGAUCCCUGGGCUGUUCCGAAGGCCGCCGCUCCUUGCGUCUCAUCAUCAUCGAUUUGGUGCUGGGUUUGGCUGGGUUCUGUGGGAGCAUGGCCUCAGGACAUCUCUUCAAGCAAAUAGUUGGGCACUCUGCUCAAGGGCUGGUGUUAACGGCUUGCAGCGUGGGCUGUGCGGCGUUUGCUCUUUUCUACAGUCUCUUUGUGCUGAAGGUCCCUGAGUCUGUGUCCAAGCCCAGCAAGGUGUACCCCACCAUAGAUACUGUGUCCGGCAUGGUGGGCACCUAUCGAACCCUGGAUCCAGAUGAACUGGACAAGCAGAAUGUAUCGGAGAACCCUCUGGCUCCAGGCAAAAGGAAGUCCUCUCGAACCAUCAUCGCUUUGCUAUUUGUGGGUGCCAUUGUCUAUGACCUGGCCGUUGUGGGCACAAUGGAUGUCAUGGCCCUUUUUGUGCUAAAAGAGCCUCUCAGUUGGAACCAAGUGCAGCUGGGCUACGGGAUGGCUUCUGGAUACAUAAUCUUCAUCACCAGCUUCUUGGGUGUUCUUGUCUUCUCCCGCUACUUCCGGGACACCACGAUGAUCAUAAUUGGGAUGGUCUCCUUUGGGUCUGGAGCCCUUCUCUUGGCCUUUGUGAAGAAGACAUACAUGUUCUACAUUGCUCGAUCCACUAUGCUGUUUGCACUCAUCCCCAUCACCACCAUCCGAUCAGCCGUGUCCAAACUCAUAAAGGACUCUGCCUACGGAAAGGUGUUUGUCAUCCUGCAGCUGUGCCUGGCUCUGACAGGUGUGGUGACAUCCACCAUAUACAACAAGCUCUAUCAGCUCACCCUGGACAAGUUCGCUGGCACCUGCUUUGUCUUGUCCUCCUUUCUCUCCUUCUUGGCAAUUGUCCCAAUCGGCCUUGUGGCCUACAAACAAGACCGGAGGUCACAACAAGGAGAGAGUGCCGAGAAAUGA